AAAAAAUCCAUAACAGUUCAAAGCCCUAGCCAUAGUGUCAAAAGUUUUUGUCAUUAAAGAGAGAUUCUCUUGGCUCAAGCUCUCUAGAGACUAGAGAGAGGCUGUGUUAAUGGAGUAAGGGGCAGGCAAAUUCCUGCUAAUAUUUUUUGAAAAUCUUUCCGGUUCUGGUCACAUUUAGGGCAUCCACCGCGAUUCAAUUUGAGGAUCGACAGAGAGGAUUGGCUUUCCGAUGAGUCCUUUAGGGUUCAGGUCGGUGGUAUACCAUGGGGAUGUGCGUUUGGGGGAAUUGGACGUUGUACAAUUGAAGGAUCAGAAAUUCCAGUUCCAUAGCAAUGAGAUACGCAUCCACCACAUCUCUCCUAAUAGCGAAAGAUGUCACCCAUUAGCUGUUUUGCAAACAAUAUCCGCCUCUGUUCGCUGCAAGCUUGAGCCCAUCUCCGAUUCAACCUACACUGCUAUCGAUCAGUCUCCACUGAUCAAUCUCCAUGCAUCGUGCUUCUACGAACUGAAGACAGCAGUGGUUUUAAUAGGGGAUGAGGAAUUGCACUUAGUGGCGAUGCCAAGCAAGCAGAAGAAAUUCCCGUGUUUCUGGUGCUUCUCGGUGCCAUCUGGUGUAUAUGAUGCAUGCUUGGUUAUGCUGAAUAUGAGGUGUUUGGCUAUCGUGUUUGAUCUUGAUGAGACAUUGAUUGUUGCAAAUACAAUGAAGUCUUUUGAGGACAGAAUUGAAGCCUUACGGGCUUGGAUAGCUAGAGAGAUGGAUCCAGUGAGAGUGUCAGGAAUGUCUGCAGAGAUGAAGAGGUAUGCCGAGGAUAGAGCAAUGUUGAAGCAGUACACAGAGGGUGAUUGUGUUUCGGAUGGCGGAAAAACAUAUAAUGCUCAGCAAGAGGAGGUGGUCCAGUUAUCUAAUGGGCAUGAAUGUGUUAUUCGGCCAGUGAUAAGAUUGGAAGAAAAGAAUAUUGUCCUUACACGAAUCAACCCAGAGAACCGUGACACUAGUGUGCUAGUCAGACUACGACCUGCUUGGGAUGAUUUGAAAAAUUAUUUGACGGCUAAGGGUAGAAAAAGGUUUGAAGUUUAUGUUUGUACCAUGGCGGAGAGAGAUUAUGCAUUGGAGAUGUGGAGGUUGCUUGACCCUGGUGCACAUCUUAUCAGCUCACAACAACUAUUGGACCGCGUUGUAUGUGUCAAAUCAGGUGCCAGGAAGUCUUUGCAUAAUGUCUUCCAAGGUGGCAUUUGUCACCCAAAAUUAGCCAUGGUAAUUGAUGAUCGCAUAAAAGUGUGGGAGGACAAGGAUCAACCUCGUGUUCAUGUCGUCCCUCCCUUUACGCCAUAUUAUGCUCCUCUGGCUGAGAUAGCAAAUGUUGUCCCAAUUCUGUGUGUUGCUAGAAAUGUUGCAUGUGAUGUUCGAGGGCGUUUCUUCAGAGAGUUUGAUGAAGAGCUAUUACGACAAAUUUCCGAAAUAUUCUACGAGGAUGAGGUGGUAAAGCUUCCCUGUGCACCUGAUGUUAGCAAUUAUCUGAUAACUGAGGAUGCUGGUUUUCCAUCCAAUGGCAAUAUUCCAAUCGCUGAAGGAGUAAAUGGCCCUGAAUUUGCUCAUAGAUUGAAUCAGCAGGAAGUGAAGAAUAAUGUAAAUCAUGUUACAACUUCGGUUCAUAGUAAUCCAGAGCUUAAAACUGAAAGCUCUCAGUCUCUAUUAGGAUCACCUCCAAAUACAUCCACCACACCUUCUAUUAGAGGAGCUCUACCUUUAGAAAAACCUAGUUUACUUGGAGCUCCGCUUGUAUGGGAUAAAAGCUUUUCAGAAGCAGAUCCUGAUUGGAGGAGAAGGUUGCCCAUAUUGAACCAUAGCCAAGAUGUCAGGUUUCGGGGUUCAGCUGAGCCUCCUCUUCUAUCUAGAGUGCCUCAGAAAAUUCCAGGACUUCCCUUACAAUCGCAGGGCACCUUGUCUGUGGAUGGUGAAGCAAUCAGUGGACAUUUAAGCAAUCUAGCACCGGGAAGUAUCCAAGGCAAUGAUGCAUUUAGGCUUGAUAAACCACGAAGUCGUCAAACUUUGACAUCACAUUUAUCUGCAACAAAGAGUGAAGAGGCAAUUUCAAAGAUUGAUAUGCAUGAGCAGAAGACUGGCAUCUCUUCAAACCAGACCUCUUCCAUUAAUAGGGAGCCACAAACAGAAGCAGGCAAACCAAGCUACUUGCCAUCUCUCACCGUUGGAGUGCUGCAAGAAAUUGGAAGAAGAUGCAGCUCAAAAGUCGAGUUUAGGCCUGUUAUCAGUACUGGUGAUGAACUGCAGUUUUCUGUCGAGGUACUCUUUGCUGGUGAGAGAACUGGUGUUGGUAUGGGUAAAACAAGAAAGGAUGCUCAGCAACAGGCAGCUGAGAAUGCCCUGCAUAACUUGGCUCAGAAAUACAUCUCUCAUGUUGAAUCUCAUAAUGGAGUGGUAGAUAAAGAUUUUGGUCAGAUUUCUGCUGGAAAUGAAAAUGGUUUUUUAUUCGAUUCACCAAGUCCUGGAGAUGGAAGGCUAGAGGAGGGUACAUUGCCAAAAGAUAACAACUAAGUUGCUGGGCUUCCUGCUGACACUGCUUGCGAUUGGUUGUCUCUCUGAUCAUUGGCAUAGAUGUUUGUUUCGAUAUGUGGGGCAAUGCUUAUUGGAUAUAAUCAGCUCUGAAAUUUUGUUACACCAUAGUAGAUGGCAAAAUGGGGAAUGGUGAAUGGGCUGGCAUUCACAUUCUUGUUUACCUCUGCUAAUCUGGGCUAUAUAUGCGUCAUAUAUUUCAAGCUUGGAGGUAAGGCCUUUGGUCAUUUCCUACAGCACUUACCCCUUAUCCAAGAAUUCUUACCAUGUUCACACCCAGACGUGGUGCAUUAUAUUUUGAACAAAUUGCGAGUGUAAUUACAGGUGCAUGAAGUGACCCUUUAGUUGAAUCUCCCUCAUUGUCAAAUACAACCUUAAAGGGAGCCAGUACUCCAUUCCUUGAUGGGAAACAUGAUUUUGUCACACGGUGUCAUCAACUUUGCCGGACUUGCAUACCUGGAAUCAAUUUCUAGAUUGCAGUCAUGAGUGAGUAGGUUUCAUAAAGGGUGCAGUUGAUUCUGCUUCUGCCGAGUUUGUAAGACUCAUCAUCCAUACCGUAAGCAUGAAUGCUUUGGCAGAGAAUAGUUAGAGGGCUGCUUCAGAAUGUGGUGGAUGGUGGACUAGAAAUUUUGGGAUUUGUUGCCAUUUGAAUGUAACUUAGUUAGUAGUAGUAUUAGUUAGCACAUGACACUUCAAUAUGGGCGUUUUUUGUGCCCGUUUUGUAACUAUUAUUUAUAGUCUAAUCUAACAUUCUAACCGAUUCUCAAAUUGUAAGUUUGAUACCGGGUGAGGAGGUGCCGUG